CAGUCGAGCACACACAAAAUGGCGGCUGCCGCUAUGCGUAUUACUGUGUCUUGCGUGUUGAUGUUGCUGUUGGAACAUGCAACGUCUAGCCCUCUCUUCCUGCAAGAGGUCGCCGCCUGCCCCUCGGGCAGCUGCCUCCGAGUGCGCCACUGCCCGGCUGCCCUGCUCGCCAUCCGCCAGCGCCGGCCGCUGCCCCAGCGCUGCGGCUUCUCCGGCCUGGAGGAGGUCGUCUGCUGCCCGGAGGCGGAGGCGGUGACGGGGGCGGAGACGGCCGCCGGAGACUCCAACGACAUCCCCAGCGGCGACGCCUGGGCCUUCCCUGCGGCAGAGCGGCGGCCCAGCGAGGCAGCCUGCAGUUCUUACAAAGCAAUGCGGGAUGGUCUGGAAGAUUACAUUCUUCGUGGGAAACUGGCUGGGCCGCAUGAAUUUCCACACAUGGCGGCGCUGGGCUUCAAAGUCCCCAACACGGAGGGCCUCAGCUGGCUGUGCGGAGGGACCCUCAUCAGCGACCAGUUCGUCCUCACCGCGGCCCACUGCUGCGCCAACAGGGUCACGGGAAGGCCAGUCAAGGUACGCCUGGGAGUAAACAACCUCACGGCGACAGCAGACGGCGCAGACUACGGGAUCUCAGAAGUCGUGCUGCACCCCAGGUACAGGAACCGGCGGUCUUACAACGACAUAGCGCUGCUGAGGCUGGACAGGAGGGUGGAGUUCAGCGACGCCGUCUUCCCCGCCUGUCUCAACACGCGGGACGGAGACCCGCCGAGCUUCACUGCCGCCGGCUGGGGCGCCACGAACGCUGCUGGAACGCGACUGAGCUCUGUGCUUCUGAAGACCACCAUCUAUCCACGUGCGUUAUCGCAAUGCCAAAAUGCCUACAAGGAGAGAUUUCCACAAGGAAUGGACUCGUCUGUGAUCUGUGCCGGAGACCCCCAAGGGAAGACUGACACAUGUGUUGGCGACUCCGGCGCCCCUGUGGUGAGUGGCCGCUCCGCCCCCUACACGGCGGUGGGCGUCACCAGCGUCGGCCCCAGGCCCUGCGGCGGCGCCCUGCCCGGCGUCUACACGCGCGUCUCCACACACAUCGGCUGGCUGGAGGGACGCGUCUGGCCCUAGCCACAGGCCAUCCCUAGCGGUGCGUCGCCACUGCUGCGCUCGUGGCCAAAGGCCGGCCCAGAGGUCCAACUCACCUGCACUUUGUAGCUGUCGUAGUACACAGCACCUGCCAAUCUGUGAUACGUUACAUGUGAUAGAUUUAUGUCUUUAUACUGUGUUACCUCUUAGUUGAGAAUUGUGUUUCAGAAAGUCUGUUCUAUAAUAUUUACUACAAGUAAUUGCUGCUCGAUUAUCACUUAGUUUUACAGCUCACUACAACUCUCUCUUACGUUUUUCCUUUUUUUUUUUUUUGUAUACUGAGGCUAUCAUUUGCUGAAGUACUUCGCUAGCACAAUUUGAUAGUUCAUCAUAUUUGUGACAAGUGUAUCGAAGUAUAAUGCGCCACCGCUGCGCUCAUGUCCGAAGGACGGCUCGGAGCCUCAACUCACCUGCAUUCCAUAGUCUGUGAAUCUGUGAUAAGUUACAUGUGGUAUAAGUCGAUGUAUUUAUACGAAGUUAUCUGUUAGUUGAGAAUUGCGCUCCCAGAUGUCUGUUUUGUAAUAAUAUAGGUAUUACAGAAGUAGAAUAUUAUUCUAAACGUAUUAAACAACUUGCUCAAUUAGCUCUUAGGUUUGCGUUUCACUUAAAGAGUACUGACGGUUUUUUAACAUGACUGUAUCAUACUCUAAUAAGGUUUGCUUGUAAAAUUCGUGAAACUUAAAUGUGUAUCCGAUUUAUGACUAUUGUAUCAACGUCAGAUCCAACUGAUUUCGAUGUAUACACAAAUUCAAAGCUAACAGAAAGUGUAUCGUGCAAAUUGCACUUAAAGUACAAAAAUAAGCUAGAAAAUACCUUCGAGGUAUAAUAAUGUUAAGCAUUUACAUUGUUAUUUAUUGUAUAAAAUCUGUGAUAUAAAUGAAUAUG